AUGAAUACAUAUGUCUCGCUGCUGUUGUGGUUUGUAGCUGCAGACUUACUUCGAAGGCUAGUCCUUGCUCUGAAAUUAGCUUUCACUGGCCCGCUGUCAAAGAUCCCUGGACCGAAGCUAUGGAGCGUCACGUCUGUACCAUGGAUGAUCGAGAACAUUACUGGAAACAGCAUGAAUUCUAUACAUAGCCUCUUUGACAAGUAUGGAGAUGUCGUUCGCGUCGGUCCAAAGGAUAUUCAGUUCAGAGAUAAAGCUGCGAUGCAGAGAAUCCUGGUCGAGGACGAUUUGAUCAAGUCCCCGAUCUAUGAAGCGAUUCGCCCAGAUUCUCACAUUACGAGCCUUAUUACUGAGACGAACAAGGUUGCUUACAGGCAGAAAAGACGACUCCUGUCGCCUGGAUUCUCAAUCAGCUAUCUGAAUGCCCUGGAACCAAUUGUCAAAGAAUGCGUCAAGGUGUUUGAAGACUGGCUAGAAAACGAAUGCGCAAAGGGUAAUGGAUACACUGUAGUGGACAUGUCGAACAUGAUGGGGAAUUUGUCUUUUGACAUAAUGUCUGCCACGUCAUUUGGAGGUUCAUUCAAUCUUGUCCCCUCAAACGACAAGAAGCUGAAAAAUAUGUUCCAUGACCGCUUGAAACGCGCUGCAAUCGAUUCUCAGUUCCCCUUUUUCAAGUAUCUGCCAUUCGUACCUCCAUCUCAGUCCGACGAGUUCAACAACAUGAUCGACGACAUUAUUUCGAAACGUCGAGCGGAAAAAGGACCUGUCAAGAGAGAUCUCGUUCAAAUUUUUAUCGAAAGCCAUGAAGCUGACCCGGUGGCGUUCACUCAUCGACACAUCCGAGAAGAGAUGGCACUGUUCAUGAUUGCUGGAAGCGAUACGUCGGCUGUUACCCUCACGCAUACCUGCCUACUCCUUCUCAACAACCCUGACAAAUUGGAGAAGCUGAUUUCGGAGAUUGACACUGCUUUUCCGUCCAUAGAUGAUUUGAUAACCUUUGCCAAAACCCAAGACCUGCCUUAUUUGAACGCGUGCAUUCAUGAGAGCAUGAGAGUCCUUCCGAUAGUGGCUGUUGGUCUUGCGCGAUACACAAAAGAGACUACAGUACUGGCAAAUUACGAGAUUCCUCCGGAAACCACCGUAUCUCCAGCCAUUGGCCCCCUCAUGAAAGAUCCUCGCAUCUGGCCAGAUCCUGAAUCGUAUGUACCCGAAAGAUGGCUUGGAAAGUACAAAGGAGUCGAAGCUGAUCGAAAGGCGUUCGUACCUUUCUCAGCUGGAUCGAGGAAUUGUCCUGGACAGCAAUUCGCGCUGAAGGAGAUGCGAAUCGUCCUUUCGACAAUUCUGCAGAAAUAUGAGAUGAGCUUGAUUCCUGGGCAAUCACACGAGCAGCGUGUUCAUACAGUUCCAUGGUUUGUCCAGGGGUUUUAUAAUGUUGGAUUGAGGCCAAGGGUUGAUUAG